AUGAUAAAUUUUGUGCCGGAAGAAGAAGAAGUAUCUACACCGAAGUGUGUUAAUCGCAACAACAUGGAAGUAUCGGCACCGGAGAAGUACCGCGUGCGGCAGUUCGUGUCGGUGGGCGACCGCUGGCAGCAGCUGCCCGCGCCAGCGGGGGACUGGACCACGUGCCUGGCGCUGCACGCCUCGCUGUCGCACGUGCACCACGUGGAGCGCCAGGCGCGCUGCUGGAGUGGGCCCCUCUCCGUCGCGCUCUUCGCCGCAGGGGACGACGUCCGCCUGCUGCUCGCCUACGUCACGUUCCUCAGGCGCUGCCGACGACACGUGCGGGACCGGGUGAGUUUCCACUUGCUGUGGCCUUCGGAGCAGCCACCCAACGAUACUGUUGUCGCGGCUGGGGACCAGCUGGAGGAAGCGGACUGCGGAGAGGACGACGAGCAGGUGCUGCAGCGGCUGCUGUGGCGCCAGGCGCACCCUGUGGGGGAGCAGCUGUCGUACCCGCAGAACCUGGCCAGGAACACGGCCAGGCUCGCCUGCCCCACGAAGCUCACGCUCUGCCCAGACGUUGACAUGCUGCCCCCUGCAGGCUUCGAUGUCAACGCUGCACUCACGGAGCUGUUCAGCCGCCAGCCACCCUGUAUCAGGUGCGCGUACGUGCUGCCGGUAUUCGAGAUGGACUCGAGACUGAAGCACGUGCCGAGGGACAAGACGGAGCUGCGGCAACUGGCGCUGAGCCAGCAGGUCCGUCCCUACCACUGGGCUGUCUACAGGCGCAACCAGAGGUGCGUGCAGCCCACACGCUGGCUGUACCACGAAUCGAAUGCCUCUCAGCUUAACAUCGCAUACGAGAUGCCGUACGAGUGGAAGGCCGAACCAGUAUUCGUCGCAACGAGCGAAGAUGUUCCCCUCUUCGAUGAGACGUUCGUCGGCUACGGAUUCACCAGAAACACGCAGGCCUACGAGAUGUUCGCUUCUGGUUGGCGGUUCUUAGUGCUGGACAACGCCUUCCUGGUACACUCCGGCUUCCAGUCGGCGAAGCAGCGGCCGAAGUGGCGGCAGAAGCAGAUGGCCGAGAACUACGGCCUGCUGAGGAAGUGGGCGCACCGCGUCGCCGUCCAAGGCGGCUCAGACCCUCUCCGUCUGGCUCGCAGGUACUCGCUCAGGAGGAAGCGGCCCUGA